GACGCACGAAGGUCAGCGGCUUUUACCGACAAACUGCGCCUUUUUCUCUCUGACGGACAAAGAGAGAACAAGUUUCCAAAAAAUAAGCAAAAGAAUUUGGUUCUGUUCCGUCCGCGCACAGAACCGAGUGCGUUCCGGCUUUAUUUUUUUUUUCAUUGAAUCCUAGAAAUUAGUUAUAAAAUUGUAAUUUGUCACUUUAAAUAGAAUUUUUCGGUUUGCGCACAGCCGCCGCGGAUCUUUGAGGAUUUGUGUGAUUUUUGCGUUCAGGUUUGUGUGGACACGGAGAACCGGACCGGGACCAGAGGGGGCACAACCUCAUCCAGGGAUGGCGGCGGUCUUACCGAGGACCCUGGGGGAGCUGCAGCUCUACCGGAUCCUGCAGCGGGCCAACCUGCUCUACUACUACGAAGCCUUUAUCCAGCAGGGCGGCGAUGAUGUGCAGCAGUUAUGUGAAGCCGGGGAGGAGGAGUUCCUGGAGAUCAUGGCCCUUGUGGGCAUGGCCAGCAAACCACUGCAUGUGCGCCGCCUCCAGAAGGCGCUGCGUGACUGGGUGACUAACCCGGCGAUCUUCAACCAGCCACUCACCUCACUGCCCGUGUGCAGCAUUCCCGUCUACAAGCUGCCCGAGGGCUCACCCACGCUGCUCACUGCUCAGGACCGCGCCAAUACCGCCAGUGUCAAGAUACCCAAAGCCAUUGCGGCAGCAUGUUCUGACCCGGGGAAGCUGGAGGUGGCGCGGGACAAAGUAUCCGCCGGGUCACCUCUGCAAGGCAGCAGCGAGGCUCGUUUCUGGUCGGGCCACAGCAACGACAGUGAGCACAGCCUGUCGCCCUCUGAACUCGGCUCCCCCUCCUCGCCUCGAGACGGGCUGGAGGCUCUGGACACGGCGGCUGUGCAGUCCGUUCUGGAGUGCGUGGACAGGAUGGCGCCGAGUCUUCCAAAGACAGACCUGGCUGAGGUGAAAGAGCAGCUGAAGACCAACAAGAAACUGGCCAAAAUGAUCAGUCACAUCUUUGAAAUGAGUGACGAUGACCCACGGAGGGAGGAGGAGAUUCGCAAAUACAGCGCCAUCUAUGGGCGAUUUGAUUCAAAGAGGCGGGACGGCAAACACCUGACACUUCACGAGCUGACGGUAAACGAGGCGGCGGCCCAGCUGUGUAUGAGGGACGUGGCUUUGCUGACCCGCCGAGACGAGCUCUUUGGACUCGCUCGCCAGAUUUCCAGAGAGGUCACCUACAAAUACACGUACCGCACCAGCAAGUCUCGCUGUGGAGACAGGGACGAGCCAUCUCCAAAACGGAUUAAAACUGAGGAGAACUUCUUUGACAUCCAGGAGGCGCUGCAGGCCAUCCACAUGCGGCAGGAGAUGCUGAGGGAGCAGCUGGCCUGCGCCAAGUCUAAAGGAGAGGAAACCGUCGGGCGCAACCUGCAGAUGCAGCUGGAGCGUCUGCUGGCGAGGCAGAUGGAGAUUCUGCAGGACGCCGCCGUCCAGGAGCGGCUCCACGCUCUGGACUGGAGGAUCCCACCCGCCGCUUUAAAGUACCUCAGUGAUGUUCAGAACACCAACGGAACCACCAGCAACGCCGGCAGAGACCAUCACGAAGAACGACCAAUCAACCUGCGAGUUGUCAGUCAGACCAUGCAAGAAGGUGAACUCCCAUUGGGCAAGCAGCUAGCCAAUGAACUGAAGCGUCAUCACAACCACAACAACAACCACAACAACAACAACACAGAGGAGACCAAAACACCAGCAACAGAAAAUGGGACGUCGCAGAGGUCGCCUAAUAAUGUAGAAAAGAAAACCAUCAAGUCAGAGCCGGAAGAUUCCACAUAGUGCCUCCCUGUCACUCCCCGAACACACUCGAAUCACAUUUGACAGUAUGCAGUUAUUAUUACCCAUCAAUAGAUACUAAGCAAGCACAGCCACAGUAGAGCCUUAACAACCAAUGUUGCCUCAUAAAGAGCAUUUAUUUUUCUUUGAUUUAGCUUUUUUUGGAGGUAUUUGCCAAAGCACCUGGCGAGCUGAGUGAGAAUCUGAGCGACGCUCCGCGGGUCUUUGUUAUUAACUGUACGUGUCAUUGCAUUUCUGUUCCAGCUGUUGUUUUUGUUGCCUUCAUGAAACGGGGCUGAAUCACAACUCAAAAGCACAUUUUUUUGCUGUUGACUCAAUCUCAAUAAAAAAAAAAAAUCCAAAAAUUUAGUAUUUGGAUUCAAACAAAACCUGUGAUAAUUAACUCCUCAUUAAGCAUAAAAAUCUGGAUCAUCACUUUUUU